ACGGAAAUGAACGAACGUUGACUCGGACGUUCGUCUAUAAACAUGGCAGCCAAGGCGCUCCGCCAGCGUACCAGACGAGGCAGCAGACAAGAUGCGAGUAACUUCAAUGUGCCCACCGAGGCUACUAGGCUGCCGAAAGAGGAAAAAGGGGCCGACGAGAGUAAAGCCACAGAGGCUCGGCAAGAGUCAAUAAGCCGGGGUGGUCAAGUAUGGGCACCGGAGGGCUCGACUGCCUUUAAAUGUUUGCUGUCAGCCCGCUUCUGUGCAGCCUUGCUCAGCAACAUCUCAGACUGCGAUGAGACCUUCAACUACUGGGAGCCUAUGCACUACUUGCUAUAUGGCACGGGGAUGCAAACGUGGGAAUAUUCUCCAUUGUACGCCAUCAGGUCCUACGCUUACCUGUGGCUUCACGCCCUCCCGGCUUGUUUGCACGCUCAUGUACUACAGACAAACAAGGUGUUGGUGUUCUACUUUGUGCGGUGUGUCCUCGCUUUCUCCUGCUGUGUCUGUGAGCUCUAUUUCUACAAGGCCGUUUGUAAGAAGUUUGGUUUGCAUGUCGGCCGCCUGAUGUUGGCGUUUCUCGUCCUGAGCACCGGAAUGUUCUGCUCAUCUGCAGGGUUCCUGCCUUCUUCUUUCUGUAUGUACACGACGCUAAUCGCCAUGACAGGAUGGUUCCAGGACUUCACGCCGUUAGCCAUAGCGGGUGUAGCCGCUGGCGCCUUCGUUGGAUGGCCGUUUUCCGCUCUGAUUGGGGUGCCGAUUGCCUUCGACCUGCUGGUGUUAAAGCGGGAAUGGAAGAGUUUUAUCACCUGGUCAGCUGUUGCUGUCUUGGUCUUUCUGGGUCCCUUGGUGGCAGUGGACUCUUUCCUUUAUGGCAAACUAGUGGUCGCCCCUCUCAAUAUUCUGCUGUAUAAUGUCUUCACACCACAUGGGCCCGAUCUGUAUGGCACAGAGCCGUGGCACUUCUACUUCAUAAAUGGGGCUUUGAACUUCAACCUGGUGUUUGUUCUGGCACUCUUUUCCCUGCCACUCACUGCUCUCAUGGAGACGCUCCUACAAAAGUUCCAUGUGCAGAACCUGGGCCGUCCAUACUGGCUGACUCUGUCCCCCAUGUAUUUGUGGAUGUUGAUUUUCUUCUCUCGACCCCACAAAGAGGAGCGCUUUCUAUUUCCCAUCUAUCCUCUUAUUUGCCUGAGUGGUGCAGUGGCCCUCUCGUCUCUGCAGGUGUGUUCCUGUUAUAGCGGUCCCCGUCCAAGCUGCAUCUUCUCAUUUGUUCCCUUCCUGCAGAAAUGCUACCACUUCCUGUUCCAGCGCUACCGACUGGAGCACUACACGGUCUCCUCCAAUUGGCUGGCACUCAGUGCAGUUGUGGUCUUCGCUGUGAUGUCACUCUCUCGCUCUGUUGCCCUCUUCAAAGGUUACCACGCUCCUCUGGACUUAUACCCAGAGUUUCACCGCAUCGCCAAGGAUACCACUCUGCACUCAGUCCCCGAAGGCAGACCAGUUAGUGUGUGUGUGGGCAAGGAGUGGCACCGCUUCCCCAGCAGCUUCCUUCUUCCACACAACUGGCAACUACACUUCAUCCAAAGUGAGUUCAAAGGUCAGCUCCCCCAGCCGUACGCCUCCGGUCCUCUGGCCACACAGAUCAUCCCUGCUAAUAUGAACGACCAGAACCUGGAAGAGCCCAGCAGAUAUGUAGACGUGCGGCAGUGCCACUAUUUGGUAGACCUCGACACAGAAGAAGAAACGCCACAUGAGCCGCGAUACGCAGCCAACAAAGAGGAGUGGAACGUCAUUGCCUACAAGCCUUUUUUGCAAGCAUCCAGGUCCUCUCCUGUCUUCAGAGCAUUUUACAUCCCGUUCCUGUCCGAGCGCCACACCAGCUACCGGCGCUACGUCAUCUUGAAACCGCGGCGGCAAAAGCAACCUCGUACGCGCAGCCGUGGCUGACCUUUUAACCUCAGAUACAACAACAAAAAUCAAUGACUUCCCCUUUUGACACAGCUGGAGUGUGCAGUUUGUCAGGUGGAGUUUGACUAUUGGUCUUAAGAAAUGAAGAUGCGGACCCUUUAAAGACUUUGCAUGGACUUGUGUGUGAGUGUGUGCAUGUGCAUUUGAACACCAAUUCGCACUUGACACUAUUAAGGGGCGGGAAUGGUGUGUCUGUAUGUGUGUCAUUCCUCAGGUGUGCUUAUUUAGAUGUCAGUUCAUGUCAGUGUUUCCCUCCAUACUGGACACCAAACCGAACGGAAUAACUCAAUCAUAGGUGAUAAAAAUCUGAUGUUUACUUUUUGUGCUCGGUGUGAGUGAAGAUGAUGAAUGGAAAUGAAUAAUUUAGAUGGGUAAUGGAAAGAAAUAUGACUGUGAAUACAACCUUGUUUUGUUUUUCUAUCUGUACAAUAAAAAACAGC